AUGGCGACCUCGAGAGAGGGUCCAAAUCCCCUUCGUCCUUAUUACGUACCUCCGAUCGUUGGAACUGCCUCUGAGCCUCUGCCUAAUAGCUCCAGCAGUAUUCCUAAGUCAACCGCUGGAGGUACAUCAUCUUCGAGCUUCUCGUUCGGAGACCUGGAUUAUUCCGAUUAUCUACCAGAUUCCUCUCCUUCAAUAUCAGCAUCUGUGAAAGAAUUGCUUGAUAAAGCAGUAUGGAAAUAUGCAAGCGUCUUGAUGGCGCAACCCUUCGAGGUGGCCAAACUCAUACUACAGGUCCACACUGCGCAAGAAGAACAAGCUGUUGGGCCCGAGUCAGAGAAGGAAAGACCAUUCGAAUAUCACGACGAUGAAUUUGUGGAUUCCUCGGAUGAGGAGCCAAACUUCUUCACCUCAAAUACACCUCCGGAACAGGAUUCUUCUUUCUCGCCAGCCCGAGGUCGAACAAGACGACCACAGAAGCGUUUGAAUGGUCACAAGCAUCAAUAUUCUCCAGCACCAUCCAAAUCAUCAUUGAGCCACCGACUUUCCAUCAAGGAUCCCGCCUCUCUUGUUGAUGCCUUGUCGUCCCUGUCAUCAAAUAGCGGCGCCCUUUCCCUCUGGCGUGCAACAAAUACAACAUUCGUCUAUACCAUCCUUUAUCGAACAUUCGAAGCCUUCUUCAGAUCCUUACUAGCCGCAAUCCUUGGUGUACCCGAGGGCGAUAUCUUCACCCUGUCCUCUGCCGGGGCUAUGCCAAGUACAGCUAUACUCACAUCUACCGCUCCGCUCGCCAGCGUUAUGAUUGCUACAACAUCUUCAACACUCUCUUCAAUUCUACUCAGCCCGAUAGACGCUGCACGAACUCGUCUGAUACUCACUCCAGCCAGUCUCUCUCCAAGGUCACUACUCUCCACUAUCAAAACAUUACCUUCUCCAAGCUAUCUGAUUUUGCCACAUUUGCUACCCAUCACCUUCUUCACGUCUACAACCUCAGCCCUCAUAUCAUCCUCGACACCACUGAUCUUGAAGAAUUAUCUCAACAUCGAUCCUGUUCUCAAUCCAAACAGCUGGAGCAUUGCUACGUUUGCGUUAUCUGCCAUCGAGCUAGUAGUAAGGUGGCCAUUCGAGACGGUCUUACGCAGAGCUCAAAUAGCCACCUGGACCGCUCCACCUGGAGCACCUCCUGUUCCUUCAUCGUCGCGAAAGGCCAUUGAGACCAUCGUCCCAGUCCCACAGAUCUAUAGAGGUAUUAUCCCGACCAUGUGGAGUAUUGUGAAAGAGGAAGGAAAUCCGGUACCCAAGACAAACAAGGCAGUUGCAGUGAUGGAGAGAAGUGCCAGAAGGCCACGAAAGGGUCAGGGUAUAGAAGGACUCUACCGUGGAUGGAGGGUAGGUAUGUGGGGUCUGCUAGGUGUUUGGGGUGCUUCCUACAUUGGCGGUAUGCAAGCGGGUGCGGAACCAGUUGCUGAAGGUAUCCCAGUACAUGGGAAGAAGUUUUGA